AACCGUUGAAGUGUUUAACUGUGAACAUUAUGAUAAUAGUUUAAAUUUAAAUAAUUGUCCCUCUGACUUCGUGCCUUUGUCUGUUAAAUAUUAAAAAGUAGAAUGUCAUUAUUCAAUAUUUGUUCCUGGACGUGUGUAUUAGUGUGCAUUGCAUGUACAAGUGGGCGUAGUUUAACCAGUUCGAAACCGCAGCCGAGAUCGUUGUUGGACGAAAAGAAUAAGGAUCAUUGGAGAAUACAAGCUCAAUGGACAUUACGUUCAAAGGUCUCAGUGCCUCUCAAAACCAACGUUGCAAAGAAUGUUAUCUUCUUCCUUGGGGAUGGUAUGAGCAUCACAACAUUAGCCGCCACAAGAGUGUACCUUGGAAGGAAACAUGGAUAUUUGGGUGAAGAGGUCAAGUUGAGCUUCGAGACCUUCCCUUUUACAGGAUUGUCAAAGACGUAUUGCGUCGACAAUAAUGUAGCUGAUUCAGCUUGCAGUGGAACAGCUUAUCUCACAGGAGUUAAAGCCAAUAGUGGUACGGUUGGACUUAGUGGCGCUGUCCGACGUGGGGAUUGCGAAGGUCAAAGGGACACAACUAACUCAGUCACAGGGCUCAUGGAUUGGGCACAACAAGCUGGCAAAUCGACAGGUAUAGUCACAACCACAAGAGUAACUCACGCGACUCCGGCUGCAGCCUACGCUCACUCAGCCGAUAGGAAAUGGGAAGCGGAUGUAGAUAUGCCGAGACAUGGCCUUCGCUGCGAGGACAUAGCUAGUCAGCUUGUGAGGGGUCGAGUGGGCAGCAGCAUUGACGUCGUGUUAGGAGGAGGUAGAAAAAAUUUCUACCCAACAACCGAGAAGGACGCUCAAGGUUAUUUCGGAAUAAGAAACGAUGGCAGAAACCUGAUAAGAGAAUGGCUUCUUAGAAAAGAGAGUCUUGGAGCAAGACCAAAAUACGUUUACAAUAAACAUGAUCUUCAAAAUAUAGACAGUACAUAUAAUAGCGUACUAGGUCUUUUCUCAUCUGACCAUAUGCCUUACCAUCUUGAAGCUGAGGAGGAUGAUCCGACUUUGAGUGAAAUGACCCAAAAAGCAAUAGAAAUUCUGUCACAGAAUAAGAACGGCUAUUUUUUAUUUGUAGAAGGGGGAAGAAUAGAUACAGCUCAUCAUGAGACCAAAGCCCGUAAAGCAUUAGAUGAAACAGCGGAACUAGCGAAGGCUGUAGAAGCUGCGUUAAGACUUGUCAAUAUUGAAAAUACUCUGAUUGUGGUAACCUCAGAUCACAGCCACACAAUGACCUAUAGUGGAUACAGCAAGCGAGGAACGGAUAUCCUGGGCCUGACGAAUACAAAGUAUAACGCGUCGGACAACUUACCCUAUAGCACGUUGAGUUACGCCAACGGACCCGGCUUUAAGCCUCACGAGGACUUCAAGAGACAUAAUCUUAUGCUGGAUGACAUGAAUAACUUGAAUUACACCUACCCAUCUCUUGUGCCACUACCCCGAGAGACGCAUGGUGGGGAGGAUGUUGCGGUAUUCGCGAAGGGCCCGUGGUCACACCUGUUUAGCGGAAACUAUGAACAAAAUUACAUACCACAUGCCAUUGCCUAUGCGAGCUGUAUAGGUCCAGGGCUUACUACUUGUAAAUUAUGAUAUUAUAAUUAUUUUAAUUUAAUUAAUUAUGAAAUUAAUA